CUCCAGGUAGUAGGCGGGUGGUGGCUAGUUGUAAUGAUUCAGAGCUGGUUUGGAGCCAGGGAUGGGGUGUAGCCCAGAUGAUAGGUUUUGCAAAUCUGGAUCAGAAGCGGUGGCCCACUUGGGUGACUGGACACAUUUGGAGAGUGGGAAAGUCUAUGGCUUUUAUUCAGAGGAUUCACCGUCUGCAACAAUCUGGGCAUUGCCGGAUUUGGGGCUUCUGACCACGAGAGAGUUACCUACCCACUGGCAUCUUGCUUGUGCUGGUUAGGACCGCUUGAUGAGCUAAGUGGGUGGGUAGCAGGACCCAUUAUUUUGGGAGAGGAUAUGGUAAGAAACAGAGCAUUGGGUCAAGGUCUGAAUACCUUCCUUAAUUACGUGAUUCGGGAAAGUUAGAAAGCUCUCAGUGCCCCUGUUUCCUCAUUUGUAAGACAGGAAUCAUAAAACACAUCUUUAAGUCGCGUGGGUUUGGCAUAUGUGGUUUGACUCUUUGUGAGUGACCCCCAGUGAGGAGCCAUCCUUACCAUCGUGCUGAGGCUGGGCUUAGAAUUGCACGAUGCUGUCUGCAGGGUGAGUGGACAUCCUUUAGCUAGCGAGCCAUCCCAGCAGGCUGAACAGCGUCCGCAUCUCAACAUACUCUCUCUCGACUUGAUGUUGCAUGCAUAGUACCUCCCACCAAGAGUCCAGAAAGGUCCGUGGUGUUUUCAUUUAGGCUCGACUGUGUUUUGUGGGGAGAAUGAUAUGCAUGGGGACGCUGCCAGCUUUGGGGUUAUGUGAAGGUUGGGACGUCACUCCUGUGCACUCCAGGGGUCUACUGCAGUUCCUUCCUCCUGGAAUUUUCAUUGAGAAUCCGUGAAAAGGGAGAGAAAGUGAUAAGUCGCUACAUAAGUAGAAGCGACGUUUUAACUACUAGGUCUGAUAAUUGAAUACUGACACGAUAUGCAUAAUUGAGAGAGCGUGUUGUUGUUCUCAGGAAUCUGGUGUCCAUCUCUGUCUUUGCGUGGGGUUCACUUGUCCGUUUAUAUUUCAGCAUCUGUCAUAUCUCUCCCAUAGACCAAACAGCCUGCCCUGCUUGAGACAUGAAGACCCGGGAUACUGGGAAGGGCAAGCAUCUAUCUGCUUGAGCAGCCGAUGUCUGAGUCAGAGUUAGGGUUACAGAUGUCUUGGCAUCUGGCCACUUGCAUAGCCUGGAUCACAGACCUGGGGGUCACCAAAUGGAGACCUCCCCAUCCCGGGCCCUGCGGUGUUAGGAUGUGGCCGACUUUUUUUUUUGCAAAGCCAGUUGAUUUGCGUGUUUUCCGCAAAGGUGCAAAAGCCUGCAUAACGUAUAAUCCAGGUGGCACUGGCCAACAGUCUUCACACUCUUCCUCAAGGCCAUGCUUGCAGGCUGAGCAGGGCUAAUACCGAGAGCAUCCUGUUUAGCGAAUGCUUCCUGUAUUUUGGACAUCGGGCUCCGCGCUUUGCGUCCGUGAAUCCCACAGUAAAUUUUCAGCGGUGCUAGGGGGCGUGUGUCACUUUCUCCACUUUACAGGCAGGGACACUGAGAUGAAGUAAAUUAACGAUGGCCGCGCCUCUGGUAAGUGAGGCAUAGCAGGGGGUGGAACUUCAGGUCUGGGUGACUGCUAAGCCUGUGCUUCCCUCCCCCGGUGAUGGAACAGUGAACAAUGGGAGGCGUGGCCCCCGGCCAGCUGGAACAGGUGGCGGUGGUACACGGCAGGCCUGGGCACACGAGUUAUCCCCACUGGAAUGUUUCCCGGGUCAUUACCACCGCACCGCCCGCCAGUCAGGCCCAAUGGCUGGCCCCGUCCCACCGCCCUGGGGAAGCCUCCGGGAGGUCACUGCUGGGACGACCAUUCCAGCCAGUGUCGCCCUCUCUCUCUUCUGGAGGCAGGGCCGUGACCGCUGCCCCCCACCGCGGCCGCCUCCGAUGGAUGUUGGUAGUGUGGCCGCAGGGGAGCACGUGUCCCAGAUGACUGGGUCCGUGGGUCGCCCGUGACAGCUGUGAUGCUCUCUGAAGGGUGGAUUUGGGAGCCGUGGACACCUACACGGAGGGAGGUUUGGACAAGCUUUGAGCAGAGCAGACACGAGAGGCCUCUCGGGUUCCUGGGCCCCUUGCCAUUCUGGGAGCUGCUUCUUGCCCCGUGGAAGCUUCUUUCUCUCGGUGGCACGUACUUUGGGAGCUCGACAGGCGAAGCUGGUUCGGUACAUUUGCAAGCAGCAGCAAUGCAAGCUGAGUGUGGCUCCUGGCGAGAGGACCUCAGAACUCAACAGCUACCCUCGCUUCAGUGACUGGCUGUGUACCUUCAAUGUGAGGCCGGAGGUGGUGCAGGAGAUCCUCAGCGAGCUCACACUGGAUGCCCUGCUGGACAUGAACGAGGUCAAGGUGAAGGAGACGCUGCGGCGCUACGGGGCCAGCGCCGAGGAGUGUGGCCGCCUGCAGUACGCCCUCGCCUGCCUGCGGAAAGUGACAGGUCUGGGAGGGGAGCACAAAGAUGACUCAGGCUGGAGUUCAUUGGACGCCCGGCGGGAAAGUGGCUCGGGGCCUUCCGCGGACACCCUCCCGCCAGCCGGCCCGCCCUGGCCCCCAGGGAGCACCCAGCUGGGCAGAAUGGGCAGCGGUGCCCAGGGCCCACGCUCCGUCUCCGUGUCGGCUCUGCCCACCUCGGACUCCCCGACCCCAGGCCCCUGCGAGGGCCUCGCGGACACCUGUAUCCCCCUGCACGCCAGCGGCCGGCUGACCCCCCGCGCCCUACACAGCUUCAUCACCCCGCCGACCACGCCCCAGCUGCGAAGGCACACCAAGCUGAAGCCGCCGCGGACGCCGCCCCCGCCCAGCCGCAAGGUCUUUCAGCUGCUGCCCAGCUUCCCCACGCUCACCCGGAGCAAGUCCCAUGAGUCUCAGCUGGGGAACCGCAUUGACGAGGUCUCCCCAAUGAGGUUUGAUCUCCCGUACGGAUCCCCACAGAUGGUACGAAGGGACAUCGGGCUGUCGGUGACUCACAGGUUCUCCACCAAGUCGUGGCUGUCGCAGGUCUGCCACGUGUGCCAGAAGAGCAUGAUGUUUGGAGUGAAAUGCAAGCACUGCAGAUUGAAGUGUCACAACAAGUGUACAAAAGAAGCCCCUGCCUGUAGAAUAUCCUUCCUUCCACAACCUAGGCUUCGGAGGACAGAAUCUGUCCCCUCGGACAUCAACAACCCGGUGGACAGAGCAGCUGAGCCCCAUUUCGGAACCCUCCCCAAAGCACUGACAAAGAAGGAGCACCCUCCAGCCAUGAACCACCUGGACUCCAGCAGCAACCCGUCCUCCACCACGUCCUCCACGCCCUCCUCGCCGGCACCCUUCCCGACAUCGUCCAAUCCAUCCAGUGCCACGACGCCCCCCAACCCGUCUCCCGGCCAGCGGGACAGCAGGUUCAACUUCCCAGCUGCCUACUUCAUUCAUCAUAGACAACAGUUUAUCUUUCCAGACAUAUCCGCAUUUCCACAGGCGGCCCCAUCCCCUGAGGCAGCAGACAGUACCCGGCUCGACAACCAGCCAAAAGCAGACGUGUUGGAGGAUCGUGAAGGGGAGGCCGAGGAGACAGAGGCCGGCAAGUCAGAGGCCGAGGACGACGAGGACGAGGUGGACGACUUGCCGAGCUCCCGCCGGCCCUGGCGGGGCCCCAUCUCUCGCAAGGCCAGCCAGACUAGCGUGUACCUGCAGGAGUGGGACAUCCCCUUUGAGCAGGUGGAGCUGGGCGAGCCCAUCGGGCAGGGCCGCUGGGGCCGCGUGCACCGAGGCCGCUGGCACGGCGAGGUGGCCAUCCGCCUGCUGGAGAUGGACGGCCACAACCAGGACCACCUGAAGCUGUUCAAGAAAGAGGUGAUGAACUACCGGCAGACGCGGCAUGAGAACGUGGUGCUCUUCAUGGGGGCCUGCAUGAACCCACCCCAUCUGGCCAUCAUCACCAGCUUCUGCAAAGGACGGACAUUGCACUCAUUUGUGAGGGACCCCAAGACGUCUCUGGACAUCAACAAGACCAGACAGAUUGCUCAGGAGAUCAUCAAGGGCAUGGGAUAUCUACAUGCCAAGGGCAUUGUGCACAAAGAUCUCAAAUCCAAGAACGUCUUCUAUGACAACGGCAAAGUGGUCAUCACAGACUUCGGGCUGUUUGGGAUCUCGGGCGUGGUCCGAGAGGGACGGCGUGAGAACCAGCUGAAGCUGUCACAUGACUGGCUGUGCUACUUGGCCCCGGAGAUUGUCCGCGAGAUGACCCCCGGGAAGGACGAGGACCAGCUGCCGUUCUCCAAAGCUGCUGACGUCUAUGCAUUUGGGACUGUUUGGUAUGAACUUCAAGCAAGAGACUGGCCCUUUAAGAACCAAGCUGCAGAGGCCUUGAUCUGGCAGAUUGGAAGUGGAGAGGGAAUGAAGCGCGUCCUGGCCUCCGUCAGCCUGGGGAAGGAAGUCACUGAGAUCCUGUCUGCCUGCUGGGCUUUCGACCUGCAGGAGAGGCCCAGCUUCACCUUGCUGAUGGACAUGCUGGAGAAACUGCCCAAGCUGAACCGGCGGCUCUCCCACCCCGGCCACUUCUGGAAGUCCGCUGAGCGCUGGCGGAGCCGCUACUACGGGAAAGGACGUUACGGCCACCUGGACUUUAAGAACUCCUUUCCGGUUCUGGAGGAACACAUUAACAGCAGCAAAGUUGUACCCCGGUUCGAAAGGUUUGGCUUGGGCGUCCUGGAGCCCAGUAAUCCAAAGAUGUAGCCAACUUGUGCACUUUUUCUGCCGAUUUCUUUCCCUCUCAAACGCGGUCCUGAAACAUCCCGACAACCGCCAACGACAAAAACGAAAACCCUCUCCGAGACAUCAGUCCACCCUCCCAAGUGCCGCAAACCAGGAACGCGACUCAUCGAUUCAGACCUUUCGUCCACGGAAACACCCGGGCUGGCAACGGAGCUGCACCUGCUCUUUGUCUUAAAGUGACAUCACCAACAACCAGACCCGCCCUGACAGGCAGCAAACGUUUACAUAUACGUCUCUGUGGAGUCAACUCGCUGUUUUACAACAGGUACUAAGAAAAAGUGCUCUGCAGAAGUGGGCUGGCACCACCUGCCAGGCUGGUGGAAGCGACCCCACCCCCCCUCCCCCUCCCCGGAGGCCCCUGUCGGCAGUGAGAAGGAAGAAGAGCACAGUGACUGUGGCUGUUCUCGGGGUAGGAUGGGGACCACAAGGUUCGACCUGGACUCUGCUUUGGCCCUAAACCCCAUCCGUGGGGAGUCUCCCUCUGUAGGGUUCUCCCCCGUCCUACUGGAAGGACACUGUCCCUUUUUCCUCUGGCAGAGGAAACCCUGGCUAGGAACCAAGCUGGAUUAUGAGGGUCGGGGGUUCCCAGCGAGCUGGGGUUCUCAUUCGGCCCCAGGGAUCCAGCCCCUACCUGCCAGAAAAGUAGAGACGGCUGAAACCCAGAUAACAUCUGGGCUGACCCAGUGGUUGGUAGCCAGGGUUUGUACGGCCCGUAGAGAGCUUUUCUUCCCGCGGCUUCCGGGAAGGCAGGCGCUAAGGAGCUGGGACUCCUCCGUGUCCCUGGCUCACAUGCGAGCGAAGAGGCUAAGAGCGAAGGCCCAGCCCCACAGCUGUGGACACCAUGAAGGCUUGAUUGGUGAGAAGAAAGAAGGUAGGGGGAGAGAGAAGUGGCAGGCAGUAGGGUCCCCGAGCCCACCCUCCCAGCCACAGGGUGACCUGGCUCUUUGGGAGCCCGUCAGCAGGCAUGCCAGGGUUCCGGAACUGCCCACCUCUUCUCCCCCAGCCCUUUUCGAAGUCCUUGCCACUCCUGACUCUUCCACUGCCCGCGUCUGAGUUCUCGGCUGGGACGGGAGGCCCGUGCCCCCCACGCCUUUCGUCUGGACCCACCCGGCCCCCAGUCUUCAGAGCCUUCCGUGAACCGAGUCCGGACCCCUUGCGUACAUUUGCGCCAGAAGGAGGGGCUUGACUGGGGAAAGUCGGCGACGUGGGAGCAUCCUGUCUGUCUUCGUCAGAAGCCGUCACCUAAAGAGAAAAGUUCCAAACGGGAGAGAGAAGCCUUCAGCGGACGUUACGCCACGUUAGGCCCCAAGCCAGAACUGACCAAGGGUGACGAGGGUGGAGACGUGGUUGGAUUCAGACCCAGAACCUGUGUCCGUGCUCUGAGCCAAGACGGGGAGGUGUGUGGGCCACCCAUCCCUUUCGUUUAGACUCCCCGAGCAAAGCUCCCAAUCUUCAGAGCCUUCCCUGGAGCCUGGCCACAACGUCCUGGGAAGUGGGCCGCGGCCUAGAAGCCGUAGGGCCACCUUCCUGUCUCUGGGUCAGAUGCCCCCACCGGCCCGACCCACACUCGCUUGGAGAGCGCAGCUGUGCAGCCGGGCAAGGUACCCAGGCUCCUGCCCCCCAUGAGCGCCCCAGGCCCGAGCUCCUUUCCCUUCCUGGCCGGGGAAGACAGGAGCUGACACCCAGCUAGAGUCAGCCCCGGGUGGCUCUUCCCUCCUCCGUGAGACUGCUGGUCUCAUCCUGUCAUCCCUUGGCCUCCCCCCGUGGGCGUCACGCCCACAGGUUGCAGUUCAAGAGGCUUUCGUCGAAUACCUACGGUGUCUUAUGCAAGUUUAGGGACCCGCGAUGGGAGCCGUCACAGUCCCUGCCCUUAAGGAAUUGACACUUUGCCAGGAACCCUGAAGGAGAGCCGAAGGCCUGGGGGGCAACCCCUUCGUCUUCAGGGCCCUGGACGGCCCCCCAGCUCUUGGCCUAGCCUCUGUGCUGCCUGUCAUUUAAAAAAAAAAGAAAAAAAACGUGGUCCCCUUCUCCUUCCGUCUCUUUAAGUGACUGUGAAUUGAGGUUGGGAACACGUGCUUGCCCUUCUGUGUGCUCUCCCCGUCUGCCAUGGAAACACACGAAGGACGGCAGAUACUGUGAAUUCAGCCCUCGCGGCCAGCCGUGAAGGGGACGGAGAAGCUGGGAGGGCCUCCUUGGCGAGAGCUCUGGGGGCUGCGGAGUCCCCAGCGGGGUCUGAGAGUGGAGCCCAAGCUUUGGUCCUUCUUUACGGCAGGCCCCCAGUCCCCAACGUCCCCUCCCAAACCCUAGGGCCCAUGUCCCCGCUGCCUUUUUUCCCCCAAGCCGCAGUCCCCGGGUCUCCAUCCAACUCGAGAUCCCGAAUCCUAGCAAGCUCCCCGUUAGUCGAGGGCAGUGUAGCGAUGUUGACCUCUCUCGCGUCACCAAAUCCGCGCAGGGCGCUGGAAUCCUGCCCCGUCGUGGCCUUUCUUCUUGUGAUCACAGGGGGCAGCUCUGCGCCCUGUAAGCCUGUAUUGCCGUGGUUCUGUGUUGAUUGGGGGGGGGGGGGGCGGGGUGGAAACACAAAUGUGAAGCCAUUUAGGGAGCUCGUACGAUGCUGCAGUGUUAGCCAGGAUUUCAUCAGUGUGUGUAAAGCCAGCGUCUUCCGUGGCCACAGGCACACGCCUGCUUUUUUUUGAAUGUGAUGUAAAAUUUGUACAGUAAAAGUUUUUAUAUUUUCUAUCAACCGCAUUUGUCUUCCAGAAAUGCUAUUAAUUUAAAUUAAAACGGUUAGUAUUCACGAACGUGCUGUUAGCAGUUUUUUGCCGCUGCCAAGAGCACAUCCUUUGUGCCAGGCCAAGCCUGGGUGUCUGGAGUUUGCGAAUAAAAUUGUACCAAGGUG